AUGCCAGCAACAUCGUCAUGCCGUUGCAAUUCACGAAACUAUUUGCAUGCACACUGUUAUUGCCACAUUUACAACUGCGGUGGCAAAGCUGUUUCUCGUUCUACGUAUCAGCACCAUCGGAAAGCUGCAGAUUCUGCAAAUAGAGAAUCGCAAACAGGAGCGGGUAACAAUGAAGGAGAACGUGGUGCAAACGAUAACAAUCACCCAGGUAUAUAUUUAUUUAAAUUAAUUAUAAGUUUCUACAAAUUUACAGUGAAUAUAUAUUACAGUGUAUAUAUUAAAUUUGUAAAUUCAUAGGGCUAAAAAAAAUGUGGUUUUCCAGUCUCUUCUUAUAAAAACUUUGGUAGGGUAGGUUGGUUUUAAUUUUUAUUUUUAAACUAUUUUUUAAAUUUUCUUAACAACCGGACGCCAUUUUGUUUAGUGAGUGUUUCCACAUCCAAAGAUAAAUUUCCCUCAUAUUGCCUCAAAGUUCAAUCUUCCACAAACUUUUUCCUCUAAGUGGAAACACUUACAAGCAUGAUCCAAUAAAAAAGUUUAGGGUCGGGAUUUCGACGUCCAAAAGCUAGGUAGGGUCGGGAAACCGGAAACCCACAUUUUUUUUGCCUAGUAAAUUUAGCCCGGACGUUCUGUGACCCCCGUCUGUGAUCAUAUCAGACUAUGUCAGCGGCAUUUAGAAAAGUACUCAAAAACCCCUCAAAUAACAUCGCCCGAAGUUCAAAGGUUUUACUCAAAAUUGCAAAGGAAUUUUACAGUUUUAUAAGAAAGUGGAAAUAUUUCCAGAUGCAUGGGCAUCAUUCCAAUACAGUAUUUACCAUCAAAGAACAAAUAUGACUGGUUUAUACUAUAGUUUAUAUUGUCUAAAAAUACAUUCCCAUGUACAUGCAAAUUAAUACAUCCUUUGAGAAAAUUCACAAACUAACCUCUCUGAAAUUUGAGGUCCUUGACAUGGCUAGAAAAACAAUAAAUGGCCGAUACCAUCACAAUAUUUUAUACUAAAUAAUGUGAGCAGAUAAUUUUAUUUAUAUAUGUGACCACUAUAUAUUUAGACUUUCUGUACUUGUAAUUCAGCGGCGUGUUUGUUUGGGGCAUUGUGUGCGAUCUAACAUGCUGCUAGCUAAUUGGUUGGAUCCCACAAUGGCCAAUGUUUUGUGUUUCGUUGUCAUAUAUUUUUCUAAGAUUGCCUUUAUGCAAUACCUUUCGGUUGGAUUAGAGUCACAUUUAUUUUUUAGGUGUAUUAUAUUCGAUUAAAAUAAAUGCAAAUUAAAUUAAAUUAACUUUUUGCAUAAAUCCUUUUGUAUAAAUAAGUUAAAAUAAUGUCUUUAAUUAAUAUAAAUUCGCGCACAAAUUCGAAUUGUGUUAAUUAUUAACGCUAAAUGCUAAGCCGCUGGCAUGAUCUGAUAUGAUUUCGGACGGGUGUCAUAGAACGCCUGGGAUAAAUUGACUACCUGUUAAAUUUAAUAUAUAAAGCAGUGCUUCCACUUGAAAGGAUUUUUCCCUGCCACAAGGAAAUAUUAGUCUUUGCAAGGAAAUAAAUUUCACACGGAAAGUGCAAGGAAAAAUACAGAUUUUUGAUGUGAUGUGGUAAAAUUUGGAAACACAAUUUAACAGGGCAAAUUAUUGGGGGACAACUAAUUAAUGGGGGUUAAUGGAGACCAAAUGGGAGGCAAACAUGGGCAAAUUUAUGUGUAUUUUAUAACGUUAAAUAGGAUAAACAUCCAAGUUUAACAACAGUUGGGUUAUAAGUUUCAGGACAACUUCGUGGUUUUGAUGGUGAUACAUCUUCUGUUGAAAAUCCUGACUCUUCUGAUGAAAAUCCUGAAGAAAAUCCCCCAAACUCAUCUCAAGAAACGUUUCAAGAAUUUCGGGAACAAGGAAUGCAGACAGAUGAAGAAGAAUGGGAUCAGAAAAUUGUUGACGCUAUCUUAAAUGCAUUACCAUUAAAACACCAACAAGGAGAUUCUAUUAAAUCAUUUGAGGGCUGGCUUAAAUGGGCAAAAGAUUAUGUCCUGACUGAGCAAAAAAUGAAAGACAUCUGGCCUACUACCUGGUCUGAGACAGAAGACAUUUUGAGAAGGGUUGGAUAUGAAUCACCAAAGCAUUAUUACAUUUGUAUGAGCGAAGAACAUGCAAGAGAAUGGGAUAUUAUGGAGUCUCCAUCAGAUAAAUGUAAGCAUUGUGGAGAACCUGGAGAUAUUGACUAUUAUUAUAUGGGUCUAUCUUCUAAGAUUAAAAGAUGGUAUGGAAAUCCAGAUAUGUGUAAUGCAAUGCUCGAUCACUGGCGAGAAAAGGAACACUGGUUUAACAAUUUUGAAAGAGGACAAACUAAAGGCUGGCCAAUCAAGAAGGAACUAUGGGACGGUGUUCGAUUCUCUCAGUACUCUUGGUUUUUCGAUAAGGAACUAGAGUGUUUACUGCCAACCACCUGUCCACAUUGCAAAAAUUUAAAGAUCCAAGGAACAUUGUAUAUAUUGCUCACUGGGAUGGGUUUAGUCCAUUUGGAACAUCUGGUGGUCACAGCACAGGAGUGAUUGAUGUCAAGAUAGGAAAUUUGUGUAAGAACAAACGAAAUCAUUCUGACCAAGUUUUUGUGGUGGGAUUUGUGCCAUGUUUCAAACUGCCAGAUGAAACCCCCGAGUAUUUGGAUCCUUUCCUUAGCCCGUUGAUGAAUGAAAUUGUGGAUGGCUUCAUUGAUGGAAUUGAAGUGGAAUACUGUGCCGACUUUCCUGACUUUGAUAUACAAAGUGGACCAGCAGUUAUACGUCACCUUAUUCUUCUUUGGACAGGAGACCAUCCAGGACAAUGUGAAGUAGCUAAGGUCAAACGUACAGGGAAAAAAGCUUGUCGUCGUUGUCAUAUUUGUGGCAUACCUCUAGAGCCUGGAUCACCCCACUACUACUACGGCAAUUGUAGGUAUCAUGCAAGACACAAGUGGGCAAGCAAAAAUAUGGAAGAAUCACUUCCCCAUAUGAAGGCUGCAGAUGAAGAAGUAGGAGCUGCAUGGAGUAGAAUUUCAAGAGAUAGUGGAUUUACUGGUGUUAGCAUGCUUACUAUUCUGUAUGACCUCUAUGGAUUUGAUGUGUUACUUGACACUCCUGUUGAUUUGAUGCAUAACUUACCAAUGAAUCCGGUCAAAAAGAAUUUACGACGCUUCUUUGACACUGGAAAUGUCAACAAAAACCUCAUUGAAGCAAGGCUAGAAAACUUCCCAUGGACUGCAGAAAUGCGAGCCUCACGCUAUCCAAGUGGAAUCACUUCACGCUUAGGGUACUGGAAAGCAGAAGACUAUCAAAAGUUUUGCUUUCCUGCCUCAGAAGUUAUUCUGAAUGACCAGAUGGAUGCUAAAGAGUUUCAAUGUUGGACACUACUAGUACAAAUGAUACAGAUGGUUUUUAACUGCUGUCGUUUGAAUGGCUGGCGAGAAGAAGACAUUGAAUUGUUUAAUAAUGAAGCCUGGCGUCACAACAUUGUGGUGGAGGAAACAUUUGGUUUGGCGGCCUGUGUCAUCACUGAACACAAUUUAAUCCAUGUCAGUGAUGAUAUAUACCUUUUUCAUCACCAGAUAACUACUGGGUUUUUGACCUAGAAAGAGCUAUUAAGCGAUAUGUUAACCAGUCAACACAUCAUUGUAAUAUUGAAAAGACCUACAGUGACAAUGAAACAAGGCGAGAAGUUCUCCAGAAUCUAGAUAUUCUAAGGAAAAGCAGGAAUGCACCUUCUUUAACACAGGAGGAAGUUGAUAUGGCCAUUUCCGUAAAACAAGUCUCUUCAUUGAAAAAAGGUUAUGACCUGAUUGCUCAUGCCUCUAAAAACAAUUUGCCAAAUUUUCAAGAUGGCAUAUUGAUUGGUGGACAGAAUAAAAGAUUUCAUGAAAUAUCUGAAACUCAGAGGCAUGAAAUUUAUGAAGAUGUACAUUCUCGUGAAGAAGAAUUGGAACAUUUCACUAUUUCCUCCACCACGACAUGCAAGAGCAUUCUAAAACCUGGGACAGAACCAAGUGGCCUUCAUGUUUUGUACAGGAAAGGAGAAAAUGCGAUUUACUCCUCGAAUGGUGAAGAAACGACAGGCAGAAUCAAUAACAUUCAUUCGGUAAUAAUUGAGGAUGAUGGUGAUAACAAAGGUGUACAUUUGUUUGUAGAAGUUCAGGAGUAUGAAAAUGUUACAGAUGAUGAUGGUGAAACCAAAUACCAUUCCGGAACUCAAAGUGUGUAUCUACAAUUGACUUCAACUAUCAAAAUGGUGAAUACCAUUUAUGUUUUGAGAAAGGUUAUAUUGUAUCCAGAACAGGCCAAUCCUCAUCAAUAUGUUUUGAUAGACUUUCAGAUGCCUUCUCUGCCACAACAUAAACAAUUCGUAGUGGUUCCUUUUUACCCGGAGAAAAAUGACAUGAUACUUUUUUUAGGUCAACAUGAUUAUCAGUGGAUAGCAAUAGUUGUUUCUGUCCAAGAAGAUGAGAAAACAGUUGGUGUACACUUUUUUAAAGAACACUUUUUUAAAGGUGGCCCGAGGGGAAAAAAUAUAUCAAGGAGAGUUCUACGUUGCAUAGCGUACAUUGGGAUUGUAUAA